AUGUUGGAAUAUAUCUUCCACGACAUGUGUUUCAGUCAUGGACAGUUAUAUGUGGCUUUAUCCAGAGGUGUUUCACAGACUACAACAAAAGUUUUAUCCGAGAAAGGAAAAUUGGAAGGAGAAGAUGGUGACUACACAAAAAAUGUAGUCUUUAAACAAAUUCUUUUAUCGCACCCGCAGUUUUUUAAAGCUCAAGAGCGCAUCGAUAAAGGGAUGUAUGAAGAAUUGAUUCGAAUUUUUACAAGGUAG